UUACAUGCCCUUACUACUUAGUUUUGGCUUUCGUGUCCAUAUAUUUGAGCAUUGAUCUGUUGUUAACUUUACAGAGAAAAUACGAGACAAUGCGGAGUUACAAGACCUUUUGUUGAAACAGUUAUCCAAAGAAGCAACCGGUUGUGAUUCUACAAGUACUGUAUCAAUUGCUACAACCGUCAUCAAUAGUCUAAUGUCAGAAGGAAAUACGGUCACUAAACAAUCAACAGUAGUUCCUACUCACAACACACGCACACAAGCUGGUAGUAGUGCCUCCCAAUCUACUCAAACGCUUGCGCCUAGUAAAACCAAUCAAGAUUCCACAACAUAUGGUAUAACAACUCGUGCUGAAACAACGACGCCUUCUACACAAACUACUAAAACACUUUCAUGUGCUGAAAAAUAUCCCGAACUGUCUUCACCCUCACCCACAACCAGUUCAGGCGAUGCAUGUUUAAACGGAACAUGUUUUCAAGUGAUAUUUCCUGGAAAUCAAAAUACAAAUUACACUGUUGCAAAUACGAUGUGUCAAUCGGGGUGGAAUCUUGCAAAUAUUUACGAUGAAUGCUAUUAUGACCUUAUCAAAAAUUAUACAGUAAAGCCGGGCGAAUAUGUUGACUUUUACCUAUGGACUGGGAUGACUAUAACACCAGAGGUUUUUAAACUUUAUCUUGCAGCUUGUUUAGUUGAUCCAAUUGUUCACAUAAUUUUUUAUCAAUAA